CCGAAUCGCGAAAGCCACUCUUGGCUGGCGGCCUCCGACUCCCCUCGCGUCUGUGGCGGCUAUCCCCUCCACUCCUCUCCCCUCGCCUCGCCUUCCUCUGCCUCCCCUCUCUAGGGUUUAUCCUCCACCACCACCUGCCCCAUCGCCUCUCCCCGCCAUAGACAACAGUUAUCUUAUCGUGCCGUCGGAAUUGCAGCGGCCUCGGAUCCGAUCCGGGAGGAGCCGCGUGGUGGGCUGGUGGUAGCUGCGGCAGGCAUCUGUCCUAGAUCGAAUUUCGUCUGGGGGUAAGAAGCCAUGGCGACCGUUGCUCCUGCCCCUGCUGCCGCCGACCAGGCCACCAAUCUCCUGCAGAAGCUGUCCCUGGAGAGCAACAAGGAAGGCGCCGACGCUGCCAAGAAGCCUUCUGGGAUGCCGUACGGAUCUGCCAACGCUGGGGAUGCUCAUAGCGCUGCAUCGCAGGUGGACAGGUCGAUAACACCUCUACUCCAGGAGGCCAUGGAUCCUAACUUCUUCUACCAGCCCAAUGGAUAUGCCUCUCCAGCCUAUUACUAUCCUAGUGGCUAUGAUGGCUCAUCCAAUGAGUGGGACUCCAGGUAUGCUGGCCAUGAAGGAAUGGAUAUGCCUCCUAACUUGUAUGGUGACAUGUAUCAUGGAUAUGGUUAUGCUCCCUAUGGCCCAUAUCCUUCGAGUUCUCCUGUUCCAACUGUUGGGCAUGAUGGCCAGUCAUAUGGCACACAGCAAUAUCAAUACCCUACCCAAUAUUAUCAGCCACCGACUCCAACAAAUGCAACACAUGGUGUAAAUGGCGCCAAUUCUCAACCUGAACUGCCUUCUGUUGCUGGUCACCAGGCACGUGUUCUGGUAGAUACAACAAAAGCAAGUGCCAACACAAGUGCUAAUGGUAUGCACAAUGCUAACAACAGUUCACUACCGCGCAAGCAAACCCACCUGAAUGUACCGGUAGCAAACAAUGGUUCGUAUGGAAGAGGACCUGUGCAAGGUGGUGGACCUUCUGCAAGCAAUUAUGGUCACAAUGGUCUUCGUUCUCCAGUUCAAUGGUAUGAUGGGCCAACAUACUCGAAUGGGCAUCAGAGACCGACUGCUAGUUCCACAUCUUACCAUUCUAACUCGUCUUCGGAGAAAAAUCAGAGCCAGCGUCCAACAACAAACCUCAUGGGUCUACAUGCACAGAUACCUUCGUCUGGGAUGGGGCUAACCUAUCCUAGCUAUCCUAAUAGGAUGUACCCCGACAGCAGAUUAUAUGGUCAGUACGGGAACACACUGAAAGGUGGACUUGGUUUUGGAUCAAAUGUAUACAACACAAGAAACAAUGGGCGGUGGGGAGUUGUGGAUACCAAAUACAAGCCUAGAGGGCGUGCAGCUUUUGGUUUUGGCAGUGAGAAUCAAGAUGGCUUUACCGAGUUGAACAGAGGACCAAGAUCUGGUGGCUUCAAGCAACAAAAGCAAUUUGGGCCUAGUGUCACUAUUGCUGUGAAGGGCCAGGCCCUCCCUUCAAUCGGGAAACAGGAGAACAGUGUUCUUCCAGACAAGAGCCAAUUUAACCAAGAAGGUUUUCCUGUAACCUACAAGGAUGCAAAGUUUUUUGUUAUUAAAUCAUAUAGUGAGGAUGAUGUACACAAGAGUAUAAAAUACAAUGUAUGGGCAAGCACUCCUAAUGGAAAUAAGAAGCUGGAUGCUGGAUACCGAGAGGCUCAGGAGAAAACUAGUGACUGCCCAGUGUUCUUGUUUUUCUCUGUAAACACAAGUGGUCAGUUUGUCGGUGUUGCUGAAAUGGUUGGUCAUGUUGACUUUGAGAAGACUGUGGAGUAUUGGCAACAAGACAAGUGGAAUGGUUGUUUUCCUCUCAAGUGGCACAUAGUCAAGGAUGUGCCCAACAACAUCUUAAAGCAUAUUGCAUUGGAGAACAAUGAUAAUAAGCCUGUGACGAACAGCCGUGACACACAAGAGGUUAAGCUUGAGCAAGGUCUUGAAAUGUUGAAGAUUUUCAAAGAACAUGUUAGCAAGACCUCAAUUUUGGAUGAUUUUGGCUUUUAUGAGAACCGCCAAAAGUUAAUGCAGGAAAAGAGAGCAAAGCAGCAACUGCUUCAAGGCCAGGGGGCUGAUGUUUCUCAUGAGAAGGACAAGGAUGUGAUUAAUGGGAGACCCGAGGUAAAGAAACAGGAAUUGAGCAAAGAAGGCACUCUUGCUGGGGAAGCGGCGAACACCUCCAAACCUGCAGCAGAAAAUGGUGUAUCAAAUGGCAACUAAGCGUUAUAUAUCGGUUACGCUUAUUGCCCCAGCAGGCAAUCUUGCCCAAGUGCUGCAUGUUUGCGGUUUCUGCAAAUCAAUGGUUAUCGAUUACUGCCUGAAUCAUAAGACUUGAGGAACUGGAGUUUGUUUGCGGGGGGUGGGGAUCAGUUUUUACUUCUGUUCUCAGUUUUAGUUGGUGUGGCUGUUUCUUUGUGUCUUGCAGCCGUAAAACCCUUGCUUUUUCCCCCCGCCUGUUUCCUUUUAGCUUGAUUAUUGUUACCGAAGCAACCGAUUUUCUAUACAUCUGAACAACAUUAAGUUAGUUUUUCGUGUGUUGCAGUACUACCGGAGAAAGUAAUAAAACAAGAAGACUCUGGGUUUAAGGGUUUGUUCCAA